UUUUUUUUUUUGACUCAAAUAUAUUUAUAUUCAUAAAACGAAACAUGAAUACAGAGGAAACGUAUUCACAGCUGUAAAUAUAAAUACGGCAGUAUUCACCACUUUAAAAGUGAAUACGGCUGUAUUGACAGUUGUACAAGUGAAUACGGCAGUAUUCACGUUAAGUAAAAUGAAUACGCUUAAAUUUACAGAACUGAAUGAAAAUAUUCAGUCUUUUUGAAAAUCGCUUAUUACAAUUUAACAAUUUUAUGGAACACAAACAUUGAAUGCAACAUGGAAAUAUACUUUUGUAUAAAAACAAAUAUAUAUUUUAUUAAGAUAAAAUUAAGGACAUAUCCAAUAUUGAAAUUAUUAUUAUCAAAGAUAAAGACGUCGCUAUCACAACAUUUUAGGGAGAUGAACGGAAGGAAAACUUAAAUUUUCUCAACAAUUCCAAUAGAUGGGGGAAAAAAAAUCGACGUAAUUAUUUGGUAAAUAAAUGCUUUAAUUUUUUCAACUUUCUUUUUGUAUUCGCACUGUUGCGAACGUUAACAAUGUAAAUUCUAAAGCUAAGACUUUUUUUAUUGGGUUGGAGAAUCUUUCCUCUUUGUAUAGUCCAAUCGGAUGCCCAGUCCAUUCCGACCCUCCCGAAACCUUCUCAUCCCCACCCCUUCAGGCGUUCUUCAUUCAGUCAGUGACCAUCUCUUGGGUAUUGCAGUUCUCUCUUUGAAAAUCUUCAUAAUGGAUUAUCAAGACAGCGAUUCAAAAAUGGUUGCAUUUUAUAAAGAACUGCUGACGGCGGAAGACUGCGAUUUGGAACCAGAAGUGGUUGCAUUUUAUAAAGAUCUGCUGGGUUGGGAAUCUUCACCACCCUCAAAACCAACGUGUAAGCCUUCGCUACAUUCAACAAGAUCGCUACCACAACAAGAACCAGUAAAAUUACAGCGAUACACAACAUGCAAGAAGAGUUUAUCAGAAGUCUUUAAAAAAUUAGCCAGCAACGGUGUCACAAUCACUGGGAGAGGCACUGUUCAACAAGAAUUCCAAAAUAAACAAACCAUUCUCACCAGUUCUACAAGAUUCCAUCCAUUGCCAGCUUCUCCGAAAAAAUCAUCGAAAGCGCCGAUUCUGAUAAACGAAUCAGGGUCCAUAAAAAAAAGGAUGCAGCCAAAGAUGAUUCCAUUCCGACCCUCCCGAAACCUUCUCAUCCCCACCCCUUCAGGCGUUCUUCAUUCAGUCAGUGACCAUCUCUUGGGUAUUGCAGUUCUCUCUUUGAAAAUCUUCAUAAUGGAUUAUCAAGACAGCGAUUCAAAAAUGGUUGCAUUUUAUAAAGAACUGCUGACGGCGGAAGACUGCGAUUUGGAACCAGAAGUGGUUGCAUUUUAUAAAGAUCUGCUGGGUUGGGAAUCUUCACCACCCUCAAAACCAACGUGUAAGCCUUCGCUACAUUCAACAAGAUCGCUACCACAACAAGAACCAGUAAAAUUACAGCGAUACACAACAUGCAAGAAGAGUUUAUCAGAAGUCUUUAAAAAAUUAGCCAGCAACGGUGUCACAAUCACUGGGAGAGGCACUGUUCAACAAGAAUUCCAAAAUAAACAAACCAUUCUCACCAGUUCUACAAGAUUCCAUCCAUUGCCAGCUUCUCCGAAAAAAUCAUCGAAAGCGCCGAUUCUGAUAAACGAAUCAGGGUCCAUAAAAAAAAGGAUGCAGCCAAAGAUGAUUCCAUUCCGACCCUCCCGAAACCUUCUCAUCCCCACCCCUUCAGGCGUUCUUCAUUCAGUCAGUGACCAUCUCUUGGGUAUUGCAGUUCUCUCUUUGAAAAUCUUCAUAAUGGAUUAUCAAGACAGCGAUUCAAAAAUGGUUGCAUUUUAUAAAGAACUGCUGACGGCGGAAGACUGCGAUUUGGAACCAGAAGUGGUUGCAUUUUAUAAAGAUCUGCUGGGUUGGGAAUCUUCACCACCCUCAAAACCAACGUGUAAGCCUUCGCUACAUUCAACAAGAUCGCUACCACAACAAGAACCAGUAAAAUUACAGCGAUACACAACAUGCAAGAAGAGUUUAUCAGAAGUCUUUAAAAAAUUAGCCAGCAACGGUGUCACAAUCACUGGGAGAGGCACUGUUCAACAAGAAUUCCAAAAUAAACAAACCAUUCUCACCAGUUCUACAAGAUUCCAUCCAUUGCCAGCUUCUCCGAAAAAAUCAUCGAAAGCGCCGAUUCUGAUAAACGAAUCAGGGUCCAUAAAAAAAAGGAUGCAGCCAAAGAUGAUGUAA